UUUCACGAAAAAUACUUUGUGGUGGCAAUACUGUUACCCAUAUGUACCAAGAGGGAAUAUUAUUAAUUUUAAAAGAAAACGAUGUCUUUCUUACGCAGUAUUGCCUGUGUAAUGGCGCUUGCCAAGCCCAUUAACACUACCGGUACAGUUCAAACACGGCGACACUUUAAACGUUGGGUCUCACCAACGUUACGUGAGCUUGCCCAUCGCGUUAAAAAGCAAGGACCACAGAAACCGGAGCCGCGCUCCGGAUUUGUUGAGUGGAACUAUCGUUCAGAGCUAUUUGCAUUUGGCAAGCGAUUAAACGAAGAAUUUCAGUUACCGCUCCUCCAGACAGCAUUCACACAGCGCGCAUAUGCGCACCAGGAACAGGAGCGCCAGCGCAAACUGGGAAUUGCAGAGGCUGACCUUCAAACAGGCGACAACGAUCAACUAAUAGCUAAAGGCGCACAUAUAGCGAAGGCUUACGUAGAGGCAUAUGUGAAGCAUUCAUUACCCAAAGUGCCGGCUGUUGGACAAAAAGCGAUUGCCUCGUACCUAUUGAGCACUGAAACAUUAUCGAACGUAUCGUCGCAUUUGGGCACCAAAGAACUUAUCUUCUCCACAGAAUAUCCACCUAGCAGCGAUACGCUUGCCCAAACACUGCAAGCUAUCAUUGGGGCCUUGGCGGAUUCAAGUGGCGUAGAACGUGCGUUUCUGUUUGUGCGUGAUUUUAUUUGCACCCAAUUAAAUCAAAAGGAUUUGUUAGAUAUAUGGACACCUCAGCAACCAUUGGAACUCCUAAGCGAAGUCUGCAACCAACGGAACUUAGGUGACAUAGAGCCCCGUUUGUUGGGUGACUGCGGGAAGAAUACUAUUCUGGCGACUUUUCAUGUUGGUAUUUACGCCAAUCGUCAGUUGCUGGGCAAGGGAUUUGGUGAGAACGUGCAGACGGCAACUAAGACGGCCGCUAUAGAUGCACUGCAAACUCUAUUUGAAAUGCAUGAAAAUCGACGUCCAUUCGACUUUCAAAUACAACUGGAGACCAAAAAUGUGAGGCUGGGUUAGAUUAGGAAUUGCUAAUAAACUUUUUUAUUUGCCCUAAACACAUGUACUUCCUGAA